UUCUUCUAACUUUUGCAACCAGAUCUUCAAUCAUGAAGGUGGCAACUAUCUUUCUUCUCAGUGCCUUGGCCUUGCUCAUUUUAGCAGGUAACACUACAGCUACAGUGACUGUAAGAAAGGCCAAUUGUGAUGCUACAACUACUGGAUGUCCCAAGGUUUAUGACCCUGUGUGUGGGACUGAUGAUACUACGUAUUCCAAUGAAUGCAUUCUGUGCUUUGAAAACAGGAAACGCCUAAAGCCUGUCCUCAUUCAAAAAAGUGGGGUUUGCUAAAAUUGAAGAUUUUGAAUUCUGUUAAGGCUACUAUAAUGUUUAGCAAAUGAGUUUGUUGAAUAAAUGCAUUUGAACAUA